AUGGCUGGUGGUAAAGCAGGAAAAGACACUGGAAAGUCGAAGGCCAAGGCAGUGUCCAGGUCAGCACGCGCUGGUCUUCAGUUUCCUGUCGGUCGUAUUCAUCGUCACCUUAAAACCCGUACAACCAGUCAUGGCCGUGUGGGAGCAACUGCUGCUGUUUAUAGUGCUGCCAUACUAGAAUAUCUUACGGCUGAAGUAUUAGAAUUGGCUGGAAAUGCUAGUAAAGAUCUCAAAGUCAAGCGUAUUACCCCACGUCACUUACAACUGGCAAUUAGGGGAGAUGAGGAACUUGAUAGUCUGAUAAAAGCUACAAUUGCUGGAGGAGGUGUCAUACCACACAUACACAAGUCCCUUAUUGGAAAGAAAGGAACACCUCAAGCACCAUAA